UAUUAGGCAUUACAGCGAGACAUCUAUUAGUCGCAUCUUUGUCGUUUGUCCGUGAUUGUGGGUAUGGUGUUUUCCGGUCAUUUUGUUAUCGAGUAUGUUAAGUUAGGUUAUGUUAAAUUUUAUUUUUUAAUAUGCGAGCAUAAAUGAAAUACACUUAAACUGUAUAUUCGUAUAUAUAGAUAUAUAUACACACACGUGAUGUGAUUCUCUAGAGGUAUAUUAUUAUCAAUCUUUCUAAAUCCGAAACCUUUGUUCCGAACGGAAAGCACAAGUGAAUAAGAGUUUAAAUGAGAUAGUUGAAUUGAUUAGUUUGUGAAAUUAUAGUAAGUGUUCAAGUAACUGUGUGGUUUUACUCGCAACAUCGACAAGAUACUAAGAUAGAUCGAUGCCUUAUGGAAAUUUGGCUGCCAAAACUUUAAUGUAUCUUGUUGGUGCCCGAAGAAAUAAGAGAACGAAUGUCAUUAGGCUGUGUUCAUACAUGUUACAUCGAAUAAGAUACUUCACAACAAUAACGAAGCAAGAUAUAUUUUGAUCGAAGUGCUAUGUUGAUAGCAGUGAUUCAAUUGCGAAUAUACAUACAUGAUGCUGAGAAUGGUGUGUCCAAAAUGCCAUCAUCGCCUUCCAGUUUUGGGAUGCUGUUUAAAGUGGAAUGAUGAAACUAACCAAAAAAAAAUGAAGAAGGAGAAGGAAAAAGAUGAUAAAAAGGAAAAGGAGAAGGAUGAAGAGGAAACGGAAGAAAUAAAGGAGGAAGAAGAGGAAGAUGAAGAUGAAGAGGAAGUGAAGAAGGAGACGAAAAAGGGAGAGAAAGAAAAGAAGAUGGCUGCUUCUUUCUGUUCAACAACAACAACCUAUUAUGUUAAUAGUCUCCCAGUGUCAUCGCACGGUUACACCACCAGUGGCAGUAAUUAUUUUAUCAAUCCAUCUACAAAUAUUCAUGAGCCUACCAUUUUUCAGUCACAUACUGUCAACUGCAGUCCUAAUGUUGAAAUUGCUGGUUCUGAUACAAUAGAACUUUUUUAUGACUACGAUAUACAAACGUCGUCAAUAAAACAAAGUCCGCUGUUAAAAUCACCUCUAUAUCAAUCAAAUGAUCAAGAUUCUUUCAUUACAAUGACGGAGAAUUUUAACUAUAAGAUGGCACCUUCGGAACAAUGUGUUGUGACUACAUGCGAGCCUACCGGCGGCAAUGUUACAGUUACUACAUCCGACACACAAUCAGGUGGUUGCCUAAUACAAAACACAGAAACCGAAAUUCUGGUGCAAGCUUCGCAAAUCAAAAUUCAACCGAAGCUUACUGGCGGCGGUUGCCUUGUACAGAAAAAACUGUCUGCUGAAGAUGAACGAUGGACGACAUCGAAAUAUACCAAGAACUUUGCGCUUGUCAAUGAUAAUACUCAUCGGACGUUUGUUACGUCUUCAAAUGAUUGUUCAGAAUUGUCUGGGAACAUAAAACUGUUAUCAUCUGGAGCAAUAAAAGAUAAUGGGAAUAAUGAAAUAAUAAGCGCUGGAUCAAGGCAGCGAAAAAUAUCAAAUGUGAUUAAAACAAAUAACUGCUGCGAUUGCAAAGGUACACUUCAGCAGAACCACUGCCAGUAUCAUAGACGACUGUCUGAUGCAUCUUUCACAGAUAAUCAUAACUCUUUGGUGCUGGAGCCUAUUCAUAACAGUGUGCAAUUUCGAGUGAACGCUACUGUGCAGCUACCCGCAAAUUUGGGUCAAUGCACGGUAAACAUCACAGCGACAACGGCAACACCACCGAACCAAGUUGUAGCGAUGAAGUUACCAGAUCGUGGUAGAAACAAUUUUCAUGGAGGUGGUAUUGUGCAACCGAAUGAGUUGGAUUGCACAAUAAUGAAUCGAAUUGUUGCAGUUGAAAACAGCAAAAAUCAUAAUAACAUCGAGCAAAGAGAAGAAACGUCAACCUCGGAUACUAUUUCAAAUCCACUAUCUUUGUUAAUACCAACUUCUUGGGGUUUAGACACAGAUGCAAAUAGAUUGCGCGAAGUAAAAAGGUUACUUCAGAUUUGUGGUUGGUAUCAUGAAGGUAUUAGUUGGCAGCAGAGUGAAAACCUCUUGAAAGACGCGUCCAUAGGUCGAUGGUUGAUGAGAGAUAGUUCGGACAGUAGAUAUAUUUUUGCGGUAUCUGUGAAAACAGCCAGAGGUCCUGCUUCUAUUAGGGUGCACUAUUUUCUAGAACAGUUUCGGCUUGAUGCCGAACCAAGAUUAGCAUUGGCAAUGCCGUUUUUCAAUUGUCCUAUUAAAAUGUUGGAGCACUACGUCGAAUAUUCUAAGAAGAUGGAUGAGCAUCGUAGAGAAGUGUGGGUCGAUUAUAGUGGACAACUAUACAGUCAGAUUUAUUUGACCAGCCCUCUGGUCAAAGAAGUUAGAUCAUUAUCGCAUUUGGCCAGACUUGCUGUGAAUCGAAGCAAGUUGCCUACUGACUGUUUACCACUCUUAAUUAAAAACUAUAUUGCAGAGUAUCCAUAUACACUUUGAGUGUGUAAUUACAUCACAAUGCGUUAUCUUCCGAUAUAUAUGUACGUAUGUAUAUAUAAUAUAUGUAUACACACACAUAUAUACGAGGGGUGUACUAUAUUGAUUUGCACUUUUAAAUUUCCCUACGAUCCGCAUUUUGUCCAGUCGUGCCUGUCACUUCGUUAAGACCACGAUCCGCUAACAGCAUUAGAAGUGCAAUCCAUGCCCACUACAGCACAGUUUCCUCGCUUUUCUCAGUAGCCGAGAGGGCAAUAUGAAAAGUGACCUUCAAAAGCAGCGAUGGACAACGUAGUUUCUGUGGCAAGAAGGUGCAAGUCACCGCUAGGACUAGUUCACAGGCGACUGCAGUGGUGCAGUGUGCGGAGAGCAUGCCUCGUCCCAGAAAACCGUUUACAACUGGAUGCAACACUGAGAAGAUGGCCGUACGUCAACAGAGAAAGAGAUCAGUGCCGGAUUAGUGACCGUGACGUAAGCCAACAUCGCUAAGGUGGAAAGGUUUGUCCUGGAUAACAGGCGUAUUAUCCCUGCGUGAUCAGCAUUUUGCCAACUCCGAAGAUCUGCAAGCCACUGUCCAAGCGUGGGUGCGUAACACUUCAAAAAGUGGUAUUAGGAGGACUUGGAGAGGCUUCCACAUUGGUGGCACAACUGUAUACAGCUUAAAAGAGACUGUUGAGAAAAAAUCUACCUAUCAAGUUGUAACUCCUCUAUGUGUAAAAAAAAUAAAGUCUAAAUCAAUUUGGUACGUCCCUAGUAUAUAUACAUGUAUAUAUUUGCUUUUAUAUAUAUGUACCCAGAUAGCAAAAUCUGCAAACAUAUUGUGAGUAAAUUAUGCUACCAAUUUUUAAUGAUAAAUGCAACAAAUUUUAUACACAAUCUGAUAUUUGACUAUGUCGACAAAUGAUAAUCAGAAAUAUAAUAAAACUGCUAACAUGCUUUGCCAAUAGAUUGGCAAAAAUCAAGCGAAAGCAGCUUUUACUUAAUUUUUAUUGCCAAUCUGUUGUUAGAUUGCUCACGCGCAGAUCAUUGAUUUUUGUGAUCCAUGUCAGCAAGCUGUUGACAGAUUCUAAGAAAACUGAUCAAAUAAAUGGUUAGGAAUCUAUAGUUAGUACCGGGAUUUUCAGUUAUGAUUGAAUUUGUUUGUCAAUCUGUCAAACCGCUAGUUUUUGGUAUCUGGAAUAUAUGUGUAUAUAAGUAAGAAUUUAUUUUUAUAUACUGUAAUAUGGAUUUCUCUAAUGACUUUUUUUUUAUAAUGAACCAAUUAUUUUUUAAAUUGUACUGAUUACAUUAUGUGACAUGAAUUUUAGACCACAAUCCAAACAAAAUGAUUGUUAUAGAUUUUUUGUCACUGAAAAUGAAUCUGCGAUAAAAUUGCUCUAUUACGUCACAUUUCAAAGAAAAUAGGACUUAAAGAUGCCAAAAAUGGCAUUUUUUUUUUAGUACUUAUGAAAAUAGCUAAAAAAUGUGAUGUAAUAGAACAAUAUUUCAUUUAGGGAUUUGUUUUCAGUGAUGUUAAAUCUAUGAAACGUAUUGCACUAAUUACUUUAUGCAAAAUUUAUAGUUAUGGAUUAAAAAAAAGGAUGAUAAUGGUUAUGCUUAUAAUUACCUGAACAAUUUGUCUAUUAUAAAUCUAUGGGCAAAUAUAAACAAUCAUUUUUUUAUAACGAUGGAAGAAAAAUAAUACAAUAUUUGUUUUUUUUCUGGUACAAUUUAAUAAUGCUAUUAAAUUUUAUUAAAAUCAAAUUUUUUAUAUAUUAUUUAAACAAUCAUUGUUUAAACUGAUUAUAUUUGACACUUUUUACCAUGCGUUUGUCAUUGGUAAUCACAGAAAUCGUUAUAUGCACGUAUUUGAAUUGCGUAAGCAGACCAUUUCUUCUUUCUUUUAAGGUUCUUAACUUCUCGCACGGGCAUAUUAAAGUCGUCAUGUCAUAAGCGAGAAAUAACAAAAGUUUUCGGCGUGGCAUUUAUAAAUAAAGAGAAUUUGGAUAAAACAAUAAUAAAAUCGCUUUAAAGCACUUGUAAAAA